UAAAAAUAUUAUCAAAUGGUGAAGAGAUGUGCGGUAAAAUUAAAAACGUCCAGGCAAUCGCCACCCUCACCCACUUAUCUGAGCAGAGCCUUUUCGUGUUUCUUCACAACAUUUCUGGAAAUGGAGGGCCCGAGAUUCCUUUCGCCAAUGAAGGAGGUAAUUUCUGGUUCUCACUUCCCUUGUUUCUUCAUCUCAAAAAUUCCAAUCGCACUUCACAAAACUAUAGAAAUGGCCGUUCUGUUUUCAGUGAGUAAUUUCAAUAAAAUCUUGGCUUUUCAACUUGUCUUCCGGUUUUUGAGUUAAAAGGGCUGCUGGGUUCGUACCAAAGGUAUGUUCUUGUUUUGUCUGUGUAUUAGGUAUGUGCUGUUUCUGUUUACUUCGAGUUUAAUGUUUCUGUGGAAGCAAAAAUGCUAGCAAAUCACUUCAAGUGAAUUGUAUAAUUAGAAAAUUAUAAUGAAUUAUUUGCUUGUUC